AUGUCGCCCACUUUGAGCGACGUCCCUGAGCUGACAGCCAUUGAGCGUGUUGGGCCAAGAGGCUAUCUUCGCUAUGUUUUCCCAAUGCGGUUGGCAGAUGACAGCGAUCCCGACAAGGUCAUGCAGAUUCUCAAAGGGGGCUAUAAAGCUGCUUGUCAGAAAAUUGGCUCCAUGGCCUCAGAAGCAGUGCCUGAUCUCGAGGCAACGCAGGCGAAUGUGCUCAAGUUGCAGAGAUUGCCCGAUGAUUUAAUUGGAGACAUGGCGCUUAAGGAUUUACGAGACCCGGAGAAAUAUGAAUGGAAUUAUGAAGAGCUCAAGGCGAAGCACUUCCCCAUCUCAGCAUUCGAUGCCGACGUUCUUAUGCCUGGCCCUCUUUGGCCUCAACCAGGGAAACCUGUGCAUGUUUCUCUAGCCCAAGCCAACUUAAUUCGGGGUGGCGUAAUAAUCGGGUGGUGUGUUUUUCACAUGGUUGGCGAUGCCACUACCUAUCUCACUUGGACCAAAGUCUGGGCAGAAGAAUGCCGCCGCAUCCAGGGCCUUGAGAUUCCAACUCCAGUUGUUAUUGAUGAUGCGAUGCUUGCUGACAGAGCGCGCGUCACAAGACCUUCUGGUCGCAACAAAGGACGUCCGGAGGACCACCCUGAGUAUACAAUUCUACCUUUUACACCAACGGGCGCGUCUCCCGCGAUGCUGAGCACGACAUUCCGUGGACGGGUCUUUUACUUUUCUCCAUCGGCGCUCGCGUUUCUCAAAGCCGAAGCAUCGCCCGAUCGUGCGACUAGACCAACAGACCAGCAAUGGAUCUCUACCAACGAUGCCUUUUCAGCUCUCAUGUGGCGUACCGCAGUCGCCGUUCAAGCACCCAUCACCAGCUUCGAAGAUGGCGAGAACCCGCACUCCGUCUUUAACAUUGCCGUGGAUGGCCGAAAGCGUACCGACCCUCCAGUUCACCCUCAGACUCUAGGCUGCUUUCUCCAGUACAUCUCCGUCUCAGCGCCGAUCCGCGAAAUCCUGUCUACUUUGAGCCUGGCAGAUCUUGCAGUGCUUAUACGCAAGGAGGUGAAUCUGCGCCUGGACAACCAGUUCACAGGUGAUGUUGUGACACUUGUCGAUCAGCUGGAAGAUGUGACCAGGCUAGUGCCAACAGCCUUCCUGGACGUGCUGGGGAGAUCUUCUGUACAGACCUCAUGGGCUGAGUUUGACCUGGCAACAGUGGAAUGGGGCCCGUUGUUGGGAGAUAGGAUUGAGGCGAUUCGAUGUCCCAACACAGGCAUCCUGCCUGGCUGCCACGUUGUUCUACCCACGCUGCCAGAUGGUGGCGUUGAGGUGGUGUUUGGCACUGAGGGAAGGUUGUUGCAAAAGGUUAUUGAAGAUCCACUAUGGAUGAGGUUUGCUGUGCCACGAUAG